CGUAAUGGCUACUACGGCUGGGGUCAACCUCCGCUGACGUCAGGACGCCUCACUGCUUUCAGCCUCCCAGCUCUAGAGUCCCUCGCGGGCCGGGGCGGGGCGUCUGGCCAGCUGAGCUAUUCGGACUGACCGCGCCAGUUUGAAUGAAAGCUCCGCAAGAUGGCGGCGGCCGGAGCCGAGGCACCGAGAGGUGAGACUGGAGAGCGGUGUCACCGGCCGCCAGGUUCACUACCGUGGCCCGAGCCCAGCCGGACGGCGCGAUGCCGCCGCGCGGACACCCCGAGCGCGGUUCGCUCGCUGCGGGCUACGGGCCGGCUACGCGCCUGCUCCGUGCGAGCGUGGUUCCGAGCCCCGCGGGCCCGGGUCUCCCGUGGCGCGUGUGCAAGCGCCGCCUCUUUGAAGGCCUGGUGUGUGCCUUGCCUAGUUUCACUUGAUACUCUUCAGGAAUUAUGUAGAAAAGAAAAGCUCACAUGUAAAUCGAUUGGAAUCACCAAAAGGAAUCUAAACAAUUAUGAGGUGGAGUACUUGUGUGACUACAAGGUAGUAAAGGGUGUGGAAUAUUACCUUGUAAAGUGGAAAGGAUGGCCAGAGUCUACAAAUACUUGGGAGCCCUUGAGGAACCUCAGGUGUCCACAACUGUUGCAGCAGUUCUCCAAUGACAAGAGUAGUUACUUAUCUCUGGUAAAGAAAGGCAAGGCAAUCGCUCCAAAAAACAGUAGCAAACCCUUGCCACCAGCUGUCUCUGAGUACAUUGUAAGAAAAGCUAAACAAAGAAUAGCUCUGCAGAGAUGGCAAGAUUACCUCAACAGAAGAAAGAACCACAAAGGGAUGAUAUUUGUUGAAAAUACAGUUGACUUGGAGGGUCCGCCUUUAGACUUCUACUACAUUAAUGAGUACAGGCCAGCUCCAGGAAUCAUCUUAAACAGUGAAGCUACCUUUGGAUGUUCGUGUACAGACUGCUUCUUUGAAAAGUGUUGUCCUAUUGAAGCUGGAGUUGUUUUGGCUUAUAAUAAGAACCAACAAAUUAAAGUCAAACCUGGCACUCCCAUCUACGAAUGCAACUCAAGGUGUCAAUGUGGACCUGACUGUCCCAAUAGGAUUGUACAAAAAGGCACACAGUAUUCCCUUUGCAUCUUUAGAACUAGCAAUGGUUGUGGCUGGGGUGUAAAAACCCUUGUGAAGAUUAAAAAAAUGAGUUUUGUCAUGGAAUAUGUUGGAGAGGUAAUCACAAGUGAAGAAGCUGAGAGGCGUGGACAGUUAUAUGACAACCAAGGAAUCACAUAUCUUUUUGAUCUGGACUAUGAAUCUGAUGAAUUCACAGUGGAUGCAGCUCGAUAUGGAAAUGUUUCUCACUUUGUGAAUCAUAGUUGUGACCCAAAUCUUCAGGUCUUUAAUGUUUUCAUUGAUAACCUUGAUACUCGGCUUCCCAGGAUAGCACUGUUUUCCACAAGAACCAUAAAAGCUGGAGAAGAGCUGACUUUUGAUUAUCAAAUGAAAGGUUCUGGAGAAUUAUCUUCAGAUUCUAUUGACCAUAGCCCUGCCAAAAAAAGGAUCAGAACUGAAUGUAAAUGUGGGGCUGAGAGUUGCCGAGGUUAUCUCAACUGAAGCUUCAGGAAAUGGAGCUCAUGAUUGUGUUUUGUUUUGGUCUAAGAACUGGAAAAGUAUUUGGGAUGCCUUUCUAUCAUCAAGAUUAUAUGUGUAUGUUAAUGUACAA